GAGUUAAAGCCCUGUUGAGAACAGCUGAGCAGUAGCAAAAGCAAAGGAAGGCGGACGGGGGAGCCCAUUCGGUGCGCGGGGCUGGAAGGAAGAGGGGGGAAGAAAAGCUUCCCCUGCAUGGGGAAAUCUCUUAGGACCUGCCAAGCACCUUCUUAAUGCUCUUACAUGCACAAAGUGUUAAAAGCCUAACCUUCAAUGAAUUGCAUCAGAUUGUGAAUGCGGAACAACUCCUGAGCAGGUUCUUUGUACUGUAUCAACAAAAGCAACCCGAAAUGCCUCUCAACGAUGAGCAGAACAGUGACUGUGAUUCUUCGAGAUCCUCUGAAAGUGCAGCUACUUCUUCCAGCGACUCUGAAUACUCGAGGCAGAGUUUUACUAGCGACUCUUCAAGCAAGCCCAGCUCUCCAGCUUCAACGAGCCCGCCCAAAGUGGUUACAUUUGAUGAAAUGAUGGCGGCAGCCAGAAACUUGUCAAACUUGACUCUGGCUCACGAAAUUGCUGUAAACGGAAACUUCCACAUGGAACACACAGAGCACCCUCAGAACAGCCUGACUGGAAGGGUGAAACAAAUAGUACACAAAGCAUUCUGGGAUCGUUUGGAAGAAGACUUGAAUGAAGACCCUCCUGAAUAUGAACAUGCAAUCAAGCUGUUUGAAGAAAUUAAAGAGAUCCUUCUUUCUUUCCUGAACCCUGGGGCUAACAGGAUGCGAAGCCAAAUCUGUGAAGUCCUCGACGCAGACCUGAUAAGGCAGCAGGCCGAGCAUGAUGCGGUUGACAUCCAGGGUCUUGCAAACUAUGUCAUUAGCACCAUGGGGAAAAUGUGUGCUCCAGUAAGGGAUAAUGAUGUAAGCCAGCUAAAAGCCACUGGGAAUAUUGUCGAAUUGUUGAGGCAAAUAUUCCACGUUCUGGAUCUCAUGAAAAUGGAUAUGGUUAAUUUUACUAUUCAGAGCCUUAGACCUCACCUUCAACGUAACUUGGUGGAUUAUGAAAGAGCGAAAUUCCAAGAUAUACUUGAAGAAACACCAAGUGCCCUGGACUUGACGACAGAAUGGAUAAGGGAGUCAAUUCAGGAUGAAUUAUCUUCUGCUUCUUGUGAAAUGUCUCCGUCUCCUGGUGCUUGUGGGAACUCCAAACCAAAUCUGAGCCCUAAUUGGGUGCUAACAAACAGCUACUUGAAACUAUUGCAGUGGGAUUAUCAGAAAAAAACAAUUCCUGAGACACUCAUGACAGAUGAAGGUCGCCUUCGGGAGCUAUCGGAGAAACUGAAUCAGCUGAAGAUUGUAGCCUGCAUUUCUCUCAUAACCAGCAACAUGUUGACUGCAGCUAUUGAGGUCAUUCCAGAGUUCAUUGAGAAACAAAAGAGGAUUUCCAUUGUCCUGCUUGAAGGAAUGAACAAGAAGACUUUUGAUUUGAAAGAAGCACUUCAUGCAGUAGGCAUUCAGACAUGUAGUGAAAUAAACAAGUCGCUAUCCGAGAGGGACUUCCCACCACUAAAUAAAGACGUUCAAUCAAACUUAGUGGGUCAGCUCUGCAGCAUAAUUGAGGAAGACAAUCCGAUCAGCUCCUUAAUUGAUAAACGAAUUCAUUUGUACAUGAGGAGCUUGCUUGCUUCUCCAUGCUCUCAAAAGUCUAUGCCUGCAAUUCCAGGAGGCCUUGCUGUGGUUCAAUCUGAGAUGGAGACCAUUGGGAUGCAGUUUGCCAACCUUGUUAACUUUAAUAAACAGGUGUAUGGACCAUUCUAUGCAAAUAUUUUUCGACAAUUGCUUUUCAGUGAGGCAGAAACAAACAAAGCAGAACUUGCACCUUCUAACUGAAGUAUUUAGCCUUCCUUUGUUUCUUCUUUUUCUGCAGUAUUUAUACUGUGAUUGUUGUUCUUCUGAACAUGCAAUAGCUCAUAACAGUGACUGUUAAUGAGAGAAAUAAAUGUAUGUGUCUAAGCAGACUAGACCAUAGAGAUUAUAUUCAAAUAAAAGUUCCCCCAAAUCACUGCAAUGUUAUUAAAUUAUAAAAGCAUAUAUGUAUGUUUGAAAGAUUUAAUUCUGUUUAUAAUGAUGGAUUGUAACAUUUAUUGCACUUGUUUACUGUAAGUGUUUUCUCCUCUGUGAGCACUUGUGGUAUAUGGGGUAAAUACUUGCUGAUUAACUACUAAUAUGUCUCUUUCAGAUUUUUAAUAUACUUAUUCCAAUGCCUUCAGUGCGAUGAUGGAAUAAAAAUUUGAUUCAGACUGAAUCUGAACUAAUAUAUUACCCCCUAAUCACCACCAUCAGCCUCCUUUCUCAAUGUAGCUCGCUAAUAAAAUGUUAUAAUUCUUUCCAUAUCUCAAUUUUGCUUCUGGGUUGGAAACUGGGAGGGAGCAGACAAGAGAUAGCAAUUUUCAGAUUUGACACCUACCUUAUGAAGUUUUCCUAGUCCCAAACUAUUUGAAUGUUAAAACCACCAAUACAGUUGUCGAUGGCACCUGGAAGGCUAUCAAAUGCAUACUUUUUAUGGAAGUCAGCAGAACAUUUUAAUGUAGUAGACUGCUUGAGAGCCUGCAAUACUAUAUAGAAGCUAUAUUUUUGCAUAUCUCAAAUUAUUGAAGGGCUACAGUACAUUGGACAUAUAAUCCUCCCUUUUAUGCUAGAAUCAAUUAUGACUUGGGGUUGGGAUUCUAGGAAGUAUAACAUCCAGUACUGGUUCACUGUGAUCCUAUUAAGUGGCAAAGGUUAAACUUGUUAAAUAAAACAACCUCAGCAGGUAUGUCUUUAAAUACUCCCUGCUGGAAUUUUAUAUUCCUACAGUGUAUUUUUGCUAAGAAUUAAUCUUUACCCGGUUUGGGGGUAACAUGCAACCCACUUGCCAUAUAGUGCUUCUAAUGGGUCUGUCACGAAGAUUUUUUUAAGUCCUUCAUAUUAAAAGCAUUGUGGUUGUAUAGGCAAAUCUGUCUUUUUAAAGAACAGAGCUAUAUACAACCUUUAAAAACAAACACACCACCAAGUAUACUUUGCUUGGCUAUCUUAAACUGAGGCUGGCUUCUUGUUAGGAAGGGAAAAACAGAAUGAUUUCCUUCUUCCUGCAAGUUCGCAUUUCCCUGUGGGAUUAAGCAAAGGGACAAAAACUCUGGGGCAGCAGAUGCAUGUUAAGCAAUUGUUUCGUUCAAUGAAUCUAAAGGUGCUACCGGCAGCCAACUUUGGCUGUGUACAAACAAUGUUCUGAAACCACACCACUCUUUUCGAGAUGCCUUUGGAAGAGAGUGUCCGUGGUUGUUGCCUUGCCUUGCUCAAGGACAUUUUGGGGAAGUCUUUUUUUGUGUGUGGGGGGGCUUCCAGUUAAAAGGAAAACUAAUUUAUUUUUCACUUUUCUAGAUGAAUUCAUGUGAUUAUGAGAAACUUCCCAUUGUGAGAGAUGUUGCAAUAUAAUGUGUAUGCUACGCAUGUACAACAGGGCUGGCAGAAGCAGACUUCCCCGCCACUCCUUCCUGGGGUAUCCCCCCGCCCCCUGCAGCCUCCUGAAAAUGCUGCACAGGUCAGGGGACCCUAGAGGAGGGGAUGGGGUGGGAAGGGGGACAAAAAAAAUCAGCUGGGAGCCUCUUCUGUGAGCAGAGCUUGGCUCAUGGAAGGUACCUUCCCCCUUCCCUCCGCCCUGCAGCCCAGGCCAUUCAGCAGGGCUCCUGGCCCUCUGACUAGGGUUUUUGAGUGGCUCUCAUGGGGAGAAAGAGGGUUAGGAAGCCUGCUUCCACUAGCUCAGUUUGCACAUGCCUAAAACCGGAUCCAAUCCUAUGUAUAAAACCAUAAGAUGGUCGGCUUAUAAUUUACUUGUAUCAAGAAGCAAAUAGCAUCCCAAAUACCGAUAAGGGAGCUCUACAUUUGAAAGGGAAAAAAUGUCUAAUGUAAUAUUUUGGACCUAGAUAUGGCUAGGUGAUGUUAUAAAAUGUCCACAAGAAACUUCAUUAUAUUCAUUUUUGUUGUGGGCUAUAUAUACAUUUUCUGUUUUCCUAAGUACUGUACAUAUGCAAGGAGAUGAAGUGGAGCAAUAAUACCUCCACAAGCUUCUAAUCAACUUGGAGAAACUUUGGGUUGGAUUGAGGCCAAUUUAAUUGGUGUUGGGUCCCACUGAAAUUGAUGGGACAAGUAGUCGUAACUUAAGUCCCAUUUUGAUGGAGACUAAUUGCAACUAACUUCAGGUGCAGUCCUAUGCAUGCUUAGACAAAAAAACAAACAAACCAGUCCUACAACUCCCAGCAUGCCCCAUCCAUGUUGGGGCUUGUAGGACUUUUUUCUAGCUAAACUUGCAUAUGAUUGUACCCUUAGUCUGUAUCUAGCCCUAUAUUUAUUGGACAGGAUUAAGAGAAAGCAAUCUUUGUUUUGUGGUUUUAUAAAUGAUUUGAAAAGGGCAUUUAAUAUAGCACAGCAUGUCUGUUCAGCAAACUUUAAGUAUCUCCUAACUAAUGUUCAUAGCCUUUUCGAUGUUCAGAUUAAUCAGUUGAGUUAACUUUUCCCUCCUGCAUGUUUGCUAGAAUUAUCCAAAUAUGUUUGCCUUCAUUUACCAACGGCCCACUUUGCUCAAUGAAAUAUUGUAUGUAACAGGUUCGUUACGUGGUUUUUGUGUUAAUAUUUGUAUUCAUUAAAUUCUGUUUGCAAUUUAAAAAA